AUGGCACCUGCCAUCGCCAACGCAGUCAGAGUCAGACAAGCACAAGCGACAGCAGCAUCAUCACAAGACACAUCACCGGGAGACCACAGCAUACCAAGCAGCAACGGUCUCGGCCCCAGCACCAGCACGCCGGGGAGCACCACCGCCGAAGACACGACAACAACCAACACCACCACCGUCCUCAUCGUCGUCAUCAUCCUCUGCGGCUCCGCAAUCAUGUCGGCCGCCCUCUUCUACAUCUUUGACCGCAAAAAGAACCGCCAGUUCCGCGAGGCGUGCAAGCGGGACCCGUACCUCACCCGCAAGGAGUUCACGCGGCGGCGCAAGCUGAGCGCCCUCGAGCGCCUCGAGGAGGAGGAGCUGCAGCGCAGCAUCAUGAUCCGCAAGUCGCUCGCCAGCAAGACGCCCUCGCGGUCCACCAGCCGCGGCUCCUCCAGCGAGGAGGACGAGGAGACGUUCGACCUGGGCACGCUGCGGCGGCAUGCGGCGCUGGCGAGGAUGCCGGAGCCGCCGUGCGAGCACCGCGAUAUCCUCCAGCAACAGCAGCAGUAUCACAACCAGCAUGACCAGGCGAUGAUGGGAAGCGAGUGGGCACCCAGCGAGGCGCGGCGGGCGCGGUCCGACUCGGAGUCAUCGUCCUCGUGCGUGUCCUCGGCGGACAGCAGCAGGCGGCAGAGAGCGUACGCGGAGCCACAUCCGGGCGUGGAGGUGGAGAUCCCGUUGCCCCCGCGAUCGAGGACGCCGUCGCCGACGCGGGCGCUGAUCAGGAAACCGGUGCCCCCACCUGCUACGCCGGUGGUGGUUUACAUGCCCACCGGCAGUGGCACAAUCGCGACCGUCUCAACCAGCACCGCGACUGCUUUAAACACCGCCAAGCUGCAUUCGCCGCUCUUUGUCCAACUCACCAACGACCUCCUCUGGACUCAGGCACACACCGUCAAAGAACCAUCAGGCAACCACAAGGCGGUCGUCAACAAGCGGCAAGAACUCCGGCGUAGAAGAAAGGAGCUCAGGCGUCGCCGCAAGGUUUUUGACGAAAACAACAACAUCUAUACACCCAAGAAGUACAAGCCCAAGAUGCUUCCCAGCGACAAUGAAAAUGCCGAAGGGUUUCGGGACGAUCUCAAUAUGGUUGUGAUGUGUCCCGACUGCAAGGAGUACCCGCCCAACCUGGUCGAGGAGUUCUCUUCCGGAGACAUGGUCUGCGGCUCCUGCGGACUUGUUGUCGGCGAGCGCAUCAUCGACACCCGAUCCGAGUGGCGUACGUUCGCCAAUGACGACCAGGGCAACGACGAUCCGUCCCGUGUCGGUGACGCAGUCAACCCUCUCCUCAAUGGCUCUCAGCUCGAGACCACCAUCGCCUUUGGUGACGGCAGGGAUUCCAAGCAGCUUGCUCGUCUGCAGAACAAGUCCCAGAACGACAAGGCUAGCAAGUCGCUCAUGCAGGCAUACAAGGAGAUUGGCGCCUUCUGCGACAGUAUCAACCUGGGCAAGAACGUCUCUGACGCCGCCAAGCACAUCUUCAAGCUCACCUACGACCACAACUUCAUGAAAGGCAAGCCACAAGAAGCUGUCAUUGCAGGCUGCAUCUUCAUCGCUUGCCGUCAAACCGGAGUCGGUCGUACCUUCCGUGAGAUCUUCCAGGUCACACACGUAUCCAAGAAGGAGAUUGGAAGGGUGUUCAAGCAGCUCGAGUCGUUCCUCCAGAAGAUCAAGGAGGAGAACCCCCGCGGUGCUGGCUCCCUGUCGAACUUGGAUGGUUACAAGGCUAGUGCCUCCACCAGCGCCGAGGACCUCUGCACGCGUUUCUGCUCCAACCUCAACUUCCGCAACGCCCAAAAGAUUGAGAACGUCUCUCGGGCGCUUGCACGUAAGACUUCGAGCGUUUCUGAGCUUGCUGGACGUUCCCCGCUGUCUGUCGCGGCCGCGUGUAUUUACAUGGCGGCUCACCUGAUGGCGGAGCCCAAGACUUCAAAGGCCAUCGCUGGCGUGGCCGGCGUCAGCGACGGAACCAUCAAGACUGCCUACAGAUUUCUUUACAAUGCUAAAGGUAAACUCGUUGAGAAGGAAUGGGGCUAUGAUAAGAAGGCUUUCGACACCCUUCCCUCAAACUAG